UUUUCAAUUCAUUUCAGUACACAUUCUCACCUGGUUUAGUACACCAAACCACACAACUUCUCUUCCACCUCUCUUUUUGAAUUUUUGUACUUUAUUCCCAAGUGCGUUGCGUAAAGAGUAUUUUUCCCAAAAAUCGCACCUUUCCAGAAAAUCGGGAAAAUUCGGAAAACAGUGGUGAAAAAUUCUCUGUGAUCUAAUUAGCAAAAAGAAAAUCCAAGAAAAAAAAUUUGUUUGUGAUAUUUUAAUUUAAAACAAAAAAAAACAAAACGAAAAUGAAAUCAUUCGUUGCUGUUGCAUGUGUUGCACUUUUCGUUGCUGCCGUUUAUUCAGCCGAUGAGGAGAAAAAGGAGGGAGACGUUAAAAUCUACAAGCGCCUUAUUCCAGCUGAUGUUCUUAGAGAUUUCCCUGGAAUGUGCUUUGCAUCAACCCGUUGUGCCACAGUUGAACCAGGCAAGACAUGGGAAUUGACUCCAUUCUGUGGACGUUCAACUUGUGUUGUAUCUGAAGAUCAACCACCAAAACUCUUGGAAUUGGUUGAAGAUUGCGGACCACUUCCAUUGGCCAAUGAUAAGUGCAAACUGGACACCGACAAGACCAACAAGACCGCCCCAUUCCCAUACUGUUGCCCAGUAUUCACAUGCGAAGCUGGAGCCAAAUUGGAAUAUCCAGAAAUCAAACAAGAAGGUGAAGAGAAGAAGAAUUAAAUAAACAACAAAAAAAAAAAUUAUAUAAAAUCAACAAAGUAAACUAUUAAGACAUAAAUAAAAUUAAAAAAAAAAACAACAAUUUUUCUACAACAAACAUCUACCAAACAUCUAGAAAAAGAAAUCAAUAAAAUGUAAAUAAUUUUUUAGUUGUUCAUUUUGGAAAUAAAUAGAGAGAAAAUAAAACGUACGAAAUGAAACACUCAUAUAUAUAUAUAUGUAUAAAGAUAUAACAAAAAAAAUUAAGAAAAAAUUCUAAAACUAAAUAUAAAACCAGAAAAAAUAUUCAAACCAACGAAAUUUAGAAACAUAAAAAAAAUACGCACAACCAACAAACAUUUAGAAGUUUUCUCUGUUUUUUUUUUUGAUAUCUUGAAAAUAAAAACAAAAUAAAAUAAAAAAUUAAAACCUUAUCUAGUGCUUUCUAUCCCAUAUAACACCAACCAACCGUAGAAAAUCGUCAUCUAGAUUUUUAAAUCUUUUUUUACAUUGAAAACAAGACAAAAAAAAAAAAAA